AUGCCUCAUUACCCUGCGAUGCUACAAGAAGCGCUAAGAGACCAUAACGUUUUUUCACUUGGAAGUUGCCUUUCUCUCACUGUAAUCGGACUAAGUGCACCAGUUAAAAUGUGGAAAAUCCUAGCUAGAACGAACCUUGCGUCCGCUCCAGCUCCAAGUUUUUGCUAUCCUGUCGGAUCAUCGAACACUAUCGUUGUCGACAUGGAUGACACCAUACGGGUGAUUUGCCCUGGAAUUAAUGCGUGGAAAAGAUAUUUAAAAAUUCACAAGGUUAGCGCUCUCUCCUUUAGUGAGUGUCUUCUAGAGACACAGAAAACGUUGAUCGCCACUUGUGAUGGUAGUAGCAGGUCGGAAAAGCCAACAAUUGUCAGUGUCCGUCGCUUUAGUCGACUUCCGUCUUCUCAAGCUAUACUAUUCGAGCCAGGAGAAACUUACUACUGGAUCGCUACAUCAACAGGAGAGAGAGAUGGCAUCGAUCAAACCCAACGUGGAAUGUGUGCUGCAGACAAUAUGCGACUUGUAAUCCAUGUACGAGAGUAUUCCAAAGAGUCCAGUCCAGCCAUACCCAGGACAACCACUUCACGGGCUGUUCAGAGGGAUCCGUCUUCACGACAAUAUGGUAGUGAAAGUGAUAUUCGUUACUCCAAACUUUAG